UAUUUUAUUUUAAUUUUUUACUGAUUUCGUAUUUUCGAAAAAAUCCAAAAAAAUUUGUGUCAUCUUUAUUUUAGUUAAUUAGAAUUUUCGUGGUAUUUUUAGAUUUUUUCUCAUUCAGUUUGACCUGUUUUCUAUUUUACUCACCUAUUUUCGUUGUAGGGACAUAGUUGGAAUUACCGUAAUUGUUGUUUAUCACUUCUUGCAUGACCAGGUCUGCUGGACAGUUCCAAUUAGUGCUUCCUGACCCUGAGAUAGAAAGAACACUCCACGCACGCAAGAGGCUCAACCGAGCUAAUAGCGUGCAUUCCGGUAACAUUGAUUCUAACCCUAUAUCUGAUUCUGAGCCUGACUACUUGCAUAACUUGUUUGCUUCGGAUUCUGAACUUGAUUUUGAAAUGGCUGAUAAUAGAACCUUAAGGCAAUUAGCUGCUCCUGAUGUGAAUUAUAAUGGCUUGUGUAUUGAAUAUGAUGCUGCUGCUGUUCCUUUUGAAUUAAAAUCAGGUUUAAUACACUUGUUGCCCAAGUUUAGUGGUCUUGCAGGUGAGGAUCCGCACAAACAUCUGAAAGAAUUCCAAGUGGUGUGUUCUACACCACUUAAGCCUGAAGGGAUCACUGAAGAUCACAUCAAACUUCGAGCUUUUCCUUUUUCAUUGCAGGGUGCAGCGAAGGAUUGGAUAUAUUAUCUCGAGCCAAACUCAAUUGCAAGCUGGACUGCCCUGAAAAAAGUGUUCUUGGAAAGAUAUUUUCCUGCUUCCAGAGCUGCCUCAAUAAGAAAGGAGAUUUGUGGCGUUAGACAAGGUAAUGAGUCGCUGACCGAGUAUUGGGAGAGGUUCAAACACUUGGUAUCUAGCUGCCCUCAACACCAGAUUACCGAGCAACUCCUCAUCCAAUACUUUUAUGAGGGGUUGUUACCAAUGGACAGGAACAUUCUUGAUGCUGCUAGUGGUGGAGCGCUAGUCGAUAAAACUCCAGCCGCUGCCAAAGCCCUCAUUGAAAACAUGUCUCUUAAUUCUCAACAGUUUACCACUAGAGACAAUUCUGUUCAAAGCGUGAAUCAAAUGCAGGUUUCUUCCAACAAAGCUCUAGAGACCAGACUUGACGAUCUCACCACCUUAGUCAAGCAGUUGGCAUUAGUAAAACCUCAAACAACAACUUUGUGCGGUAUUUGUACCUCUCCUGAGCACCCGACCGACACCUGUCCCAUUCUGAGAGACGAGUCCAUUACUGAGCUGCCACAAGCUUAUGCAGCCAACCUUUACAACCAAAACAGGUACAACAACACUCCUGACCUAUCCACCAACAAAUAUCAUCCCAGUUGGAGGAACCAUCCCAACCUUCGAUAUGGAAACCCACAAACCAGCCAACAACAGAAUCCACCUCAAGCUGUUGCCUCUACACCUUCCGGACCAUCCUUAGAGGAUCUUGUUAAACAAAUGUCCGUGAACAACCUCCAGUUCCAACAAAGGACCGAUGCUAGCAUUCAGACCUUGACAACACAGAUGGGACAAAUGGCCAAUGCAAUAGGCCAAUUACAAGCUCAAGGCUCCGGUAACCUUCCUGCACAAUCAGUUCCGAACCCAAAUGGGAAUGUGAGUGCAAUUACCUUGCGAUCCGGAAGAGUGACCGAACCAGCUCCAGCUCCAGCUCCAGAGAAAAGAAAAAAAACCAUUGCAACAUCAUCUGUUCCUGAACCUGCUGAACCUUCUGCGACUGCUGAGACUGAAAAAGCAUAUGUGCCACCAAUCCCUUUUCCUCAAAGGGUGCAGAAAAAUAAAAAGAAUAAGGCGGAAGAAGACAAGGAGAUUCUUGAUGUAUUCAGCAAAGUAGCAGUCAAUAUUCCUCUCCUCGAUGUGAUCAAGCAGAUUCCGAAAUAUGCAAAAUUCUUGAAGGAUUUGUGCACAAACAAGAGGAAAGUAAAGGGAAAUGAGAGAGUUAAUCUGGGCCGAAAUGUUUCAGCCCUUAUUGAGUCUAAUGCUGCACUCGAACCUGAGCCUGAAAAAGCUAAUGUCUCAGCCCUCAAUCAGGCCAUGCCACAGAAAUGCAAGGAUCCAGGAACUUUCUCUAUUCCGUGUACCAUUGGGGAUAGAAAAUUCGAAAAUUGCAUGUUAGAUUUAGGAGCUUCUAUUAAUGUCAUGCCUACUUCUAUUUUUAACAAUCUUGAUCUUGGUCCUUUGCAGCAUACAGGUCUUACUAUUCAGCUAGCAAACAGGAGCAAUGCUCGCCCUGUUGGAGUGGUGGAAGAUGUGCUAGUUCAAGUUAAUGACUUGAUUUUCCCUGCAGAUUUUUACAUCCUUGACAUGGCUGGAGAAACAGAGUCAAGCAGAUCGCCGAUCAUCUUGGGCAGACCAUUCAUGAAGACGGCAAAGACAAAAAUCGACGUUGAUGAUGGGACCAUGUCCAUGGAAUUUGGUGACAUUGUUGCAAAGUUUAAUAUUUUCGAUGCUAUGAAAUACCCUUUAGAAGAGCACUCUGUUUUUCAAUUAGAACUGCUUUCUGAAAUUGUUGAUGAAUUUCAUUCUGAUUUGUGUUCAGCUGAUGAUUACUCAUGUGAUGUUUGUACCGAUACUAACCUCUGUGUUGGUUGUGCUGAGUUUAAUUUGCAGGGCGAAGGAGAAGUUGUCAAUGAGGCUGCCAAUGAAGUUGUUUACGCAGUUGAAACUCUUGACAUUCCGACUGUUCCAACAAAACCAUCCAUAGAACAACCACCAUCCUUGGAGCUUAAACCACUUCCUGAGAACCUGAAAUAUGCUUACUUGGAGAGUAAUGAAAAACUCCCUGUUAUUAUCUCUUCUAACCUUGAUUUCGAUCAAGAACACAAACUUUUGCAGGUCCUGAAGAAGCACAAGAAAGCAAUCGGGUGGACAUUAGCCGACCUUCCAGGUAUUAGUCCAUCGAUGUGCAUGCACAGGAUUCUACUUGAGGAUGGAUCCAAAACAGUAAGGCAGCCCCAAAGGAGGCUUAAUCCUUUGAUUCUUGAUGUUGUGAAGAAGGAGGUAACCAAACUCUUGCAAGCAGGUAUAAUUUAUCCUAUCUCUGACAGUAAGUGGGUAAGCCCAGUGCAGGUUGUACCUAAGAAAUCUGGACUUACAGUGGUGAAAAAUGAAAAAAAUGAACUUGUUCCCACUAGAGUUCAGAACAGCUGGAGAGUUUGUAUUGAUUACAGGAGAUUGAACCAGGCUACGAGAAAGGAUCACUUCCCUUUACCGUUCAUUGACCAAAUGCUUGAACGGCUAGCUGGUAAAUCACAUUAUUGUUUUCUUGAUGGUUUUUCAGGUUAUUUUCAAAUUCAUAUUGCACCGGAAGAUCAAGAGAAGACCACUUUUACCUGUCCCUUCGGUACUUUUGCUUACAGGAGGAUGCCCUUUGGUCUUUGCAAUGCUCCUGGCACUUUCCAGCGAUGCAUGAUUAGCAUUUUUUCUGAUUUCAUUGAAAACUACAUGGAAGUCUUUAUGGACGAUUUCACUGUCUAUGGUUCCUCUUUUGAUGCAUGCUUGAACAGUUUAGAAAAAGGAAUUUCUGUUGACCCUGCUAAGAUUGAUGUGAUUUCUACACUGCCUUACCCGUCUUGCGUUCGCGAGAUUCGUUCUUUUCUUGGUCAUGCAGGUUUUUACAGGCGUUUCAUCAAGGAUUUCAGCAAGAUAGCUCUUCCGCUGUCAAACUUGUUGAAGAAUGAUGUCACUUUCAGCUUCGAUGACAAGUGCAAACAAGCGUUUGACUUCUUGAAGAAAGCAUUGACCUCCGCUCCCAUAAUCCAGCCCCCUGACUGGACCCUCCCUUUUGAGCUUAUGUGUGAUGCUUCUAAUUAUGCUGUUGGAGCUGUCCUUGCACAAAGAAUUGACAAGGCUGCCCAUGUUAUUUACUAUGCUUCUAGGACUUUAGAUUCUGCACAGUCAAAUUACACUACCACUGAAAAAGAACUGCUAGCUAUUGUUUUUGCUCUUGAUAAAUUCAGAUCUUAUUUGCUAGGUUCCAAGGUUGUUGUUUUUACUGACCAUGCAGCUUUGAAAUACUUGCUGAAGAAGCCGGAUGCAAAACCGAGAUUGAUCCGAUGGAUGUUGUUGCUCCAAGAGUUUAAUGUAGAGAUUAAAGACAAGAGUGGAGCUGAGAACUUAGUGGCUGACCACUUGAGCAGGAUAGAGAGAGAUGAAGAUCCUUUUCCUAUUCAGGAUGAUUUUCCUGAUGAGCAGUUGUUUCUUUUACAUGGUAUUACACCUUGGUUUGCUGACAUUGUUAAUUUUCUUGUUGCUGGUGUUUUUCCUACAGGUGCAUCGAGAUCACAGGUUCAUAAACUCAAGAGUGAUGCCAAAUAUUAUGUUUGGGAUGAUCCAUAUCUAUGGAAGUUUGGUAGUGAUCAGGUAAUCAGAAGAUGUGUCCCCGACAAUGAGAUUUGUAAAGAGUGCCAAAUAGCAGGCACAAACAUCACUCGCAAGAGUGAAAUGCCUCAGCAGCCUAUGCUUUUCUGUGAGGUUUUUGAUGUAUGGGGAAUCGACUUCAUGGGUCCCUUUCCCGUAUCAUUUGGUUUUCUUUAUAUUUUGCUUGCUGUUGAUUAUGUUUCAAAGUGGGUGGAAGCUAUCCCCACUAGGACUAAUGAUUCUAGAGUUGUUGCAGAUUUUGUCAGGUCUAAUAUCUUUUGUAGGUUUGGAAUACCGCGAGCUAUCAUCAGUGACCAAGGCACUCAUUUCUGCAACCGCACCAUGGAAGCUUUGCUCCGAAAGUAUGGAGUUGUGCACAGAGUCUCUACUGCAUAUCACCCACAGACGAAUGGGCAAGCUGAGGUCUCAAACAGGGAGAUCAAACAGGUUUUAGAGAAAAUGGUGCAGCCAAACAGGAAGGACUGGAGUCGUCGUCUAGAAGACGCACUUUGGGCUCAAAGAACAGCUUUCAAGACACCCAUUGGGAUGUCUCCUUAUCGACUUGUUUUUGGUAAGGCAUGCCAUCUUCCUGUUGAGGUAGAACACCGUGCUUAUUGGGCGGUGAAAAGUUGUAAUUUUGAGUUGCAACAAGCAGGUAUUGAAAGAAAACUCCAAUUACAACAGCUGGAAGAGCUUAGAUUAGAGGCUUAUGAAAGCUCUAGGAUUUAUAAAGAGAAAACUAAGCACUUCCAUGAUAAAAUGAUUUCUAGGAAGGAAUUUUCUGUGGGCCAACAGGUUUUAUUGUUUAACUCCCGCCUAAAAGUAAUGGCUGGGAAACUUCGAUCCCGGUGGAUUGGCCCUUUUGUUGUUACUAAUGUUUUCCCUCAUGGUGCAGUAGAAAUAAAAAGUGCAGGUACUAACAAGGUGUUUAAAGUAAACGGACAGCGACUGAAGCUGUUCCAUGAAAGCUCAGUGCCUGAAGAAGAGGGACAUGUUGAAGAGCUCUCCUUGGAGAAGCCGUUCUACCCAGCAACUACACCGUAGCCCCUCGGGUGUGUUCCUUCCUUUACUCUCACUUUGUGUUAUUAUUACAUUGCGGACACUGUCUGGUUUAAGUGUGGGGGAGGGACAUUUUACAUUU